GCAGCGUCUCGGCGGCGGCGCCCCCGGCCAGUCGCUGGCACUCGGCUACCCCAGAGUCCCUUUUUGCUGCGUCCAGCGCGAACGUACAACGGGUGUCCCGGCGCAAUUAAUCGCGGCGACGAGGCCCCCCCCGCCAGCACAGCGAGCGCCCACGACGACAACGGGGAAGCCAGCGGCGGCGUCGUCGCGCGCCCGCGGCCCAGCACGCGGCUCGCCCGCGAGCACAUGUUCCCGUGACCAGUGCGCGGCCGCCACGACCGACUCCAUCCCGAUGCUGUUGUCUGUCGAGCGAGACGUGCUCAUGAUGCAAGAGGAGGCCGUCAAGCCGCCGCCACCGUCGACGGCCACGACCGGCCCGCGUGCCACGGACUUCUCCAUCGCCGCGAUCAUGGCGCGGGAGUCCCCCGGACAGCUGCCCUCCGCGUCGACGGCCGCCGCCGCGUCCACGGCCGCGUCCGCCUCCGAGCCGCCGAUCGAGGAGCCCGAGGAGGCGUCGUCCCCGUGCAGCGGUGGCGGCGAGCAGCGGCUUCUUCCGACGGCCGCGUCGCCGGCGCCGUCCAGCGAAGCCCCCUUCAGCCCGUCCGAGUCGCGGUCGCCGUCGCCCGGCAGAAGCACCGUGUCGCCCGCGGUCUCGACCCAGGGCGAGGACGGCGCCUCUUCGAGGGACUCCGGGGGUGCCGGCACCAGCGGCGCGAGCAGCUCCAAGAGCUCGAACAACCCGUACGCGGCCGGGCUCAAGCCGCGCUGCAACUCCGAGGACCUCGUGCACGUCGACUGCCACCUCGAAAACAAGGACCUCUGGGACAAGUUCCACGACCUCGGCACCGAGAUGAUCAUCACAAAGUCCGGCAGGAGGAUGUUCCCAACCGUCCGAGUGUCCUUCUCCGGAGUGCAGCCCGACGCUCGGUACAUUGUGCUCCUGGACAUCGUGCCCGUGGACAACAAGAGGUACCGGUACGCGUACCACCGGUCCUCCUGGCUCGUGGCGGGAAAAGCCGACCCGCCGUCUCCGGCGAGGCUCUACCCGCACCCAGACUGUCCGUUUACGGGGGAUCAACUGCGCAAGCAGGUCGUUUCCUUCGAGAAGGUCAAGCUCACCAACAACGAGAUGGACAAACAGGGACAUAUCGUCCUGAAUUCGAUGCACAAGUAUCAACCUCGAAUACACCUGGUCAAGAGGAGACACAACUCUCCCAAUAUUCCUGUCACGGACCUGGAGGCGGAGCAGUUUCGAACAUACGUGUUUCCAGAGACUGUCUUCACCGCUGUCACGGCGUACCAAAAUCAACUGAUCACGAAAUUAAAGAUAGAUAGCAACCCAUUCGCCAAAGGUUUCCGGGAUUCAUCAAGAUUGACAGAACUGGAAAGAGAAACGAUGGAGUCCCUGAUCACGGAGCACCCGUUCGCACGGACGCCGCUCCGCACGUUCCUGGAGAACGGCGGCGAUCCGGAGACGGCGGCCUACCUGCACGAAAAGGGCCUUCUCGGCGGCCUGGGGCCCUCGGCUGCGGCGGCGGCGGCAGCGCGGGCCUCCUUGCUCUGGAAGCCCCCCGGCAUGGAGCUGUACGGCCAGCCGGCGUCCCUGUACGCCUUCGGCGUGCGCGCCCCUCCGCCGGCCGGCAUCCCGCCCCAACUGUGGUCCCAGUGGGCGGCCGCGGCGGCCGCGCUCCCUCCCCAGCUCGCGUCGGUGCUGAGCGGCGCCGCGCCGGGCGGCCUCUUCCAACCCAUGCUCAGGCCCACCGCGUCGCACACGGAGACCUUGCACUCGCUGGGACUGUACCGCUACGCGCCCUACGUGUACCCCCGAAAGGACAGCCCGACGGCGACGGCGUCGCCCUCCACGACGCCCGACGCCACCGACGUGGCGCCCAGCACAUCACCGGGGGGCUUCCGCUCGUAACGACACCCUAUUUAUCAACCGCCACGCCCCCGUGAUCCAAUAGGCGUCGCUGUUUUAUUUAUAGACUUCUACCCGCUUAGGAAAAGGACUGUGGACUCCACGUGCUUAAGCUCCACCGUGCCACGCGCCCCUCUGUCGACCGCGUUCUUCGUGAGUGUGCACGUGGUUAGGGAAUGUGCGUCUCGGCUCGCUUGGACAAGACCACGCCGCUGAUGGACAUCGUCGUCGCCGGCAGCGCGCCGCUAUGCUGCCACUCAAGCAAGUCGUCGCGUCGGCCCAGUGCAAGACCCAGUCAACCCCUACCCGACUGCCAGAGAGCUCACUGUGGAGGCUCUCGUGGAACUGACCCACAGGAGAGGCUUGUCUCGAUAUACAAAGAAAACCACCACAUUUUGUCAAAAGCGUCGUAGGAUUAGCAAACGUGUCGAGAGCGAGCCUAAAAUUAAGGUCAAAUAGAUGUAGUACGUGAGGCACAGCGUGUACGCCAGGCAAAGUUUAUUUGAACCACACUCACUCGCGUAGCAGCUCAGAGAGGAUUGUUUCGUCUCUUGCAAACGAACGUAUGUCUGCUGAUCGUUAUCUGUAAAAAAUGAAAAAAAGAAAAAAAAAACCAAAAAAACACGCGGGUAAUUGUUUGAUUUCAAAUCAACACCGACCUUCUCGCAACAAGACAGACAGUGGACUACGCUCUGCUGACUUCCUGUAUAUUGCACGAUACCUCCGUUACCUGACCCAUGGAAGGAAGAAAGAGGAAGAAAAAAGAGGUACACAUCCGGGUUCGUGGUCUCAAACACGUAGGCUUGGCACGGCUUCCUGUCGACACAUUUUCCAUUUGUUAAUCAUUUUAAUCGACCAACCUCGGCUGUCAUCGCCUGAUCACGAAUUGUACCAGCGCGUGUACAUGUCUCGGCCAGUUUGUUGUAUCGAAAGGUUGAAUAAUGGGCAGGGAAGCACACUGCCUUUGACGUUUUUUUGUCCCGAGUCAGUAUUGCAAAGAAAAGAAAAAACAACAGAACUCUAACUAUACAGUAAAGUUCAAUCACGAUCUAACACAAAAAAGAAGAUCUUAGAAUGCGCAGAAACAUUCGAACAAUAAAACAGCAUCACUGGCAGCCGCGUUUCAAUGCUUGGAUACUGAUUGGAGCGCGAGAGAGAGAAAGAGAGAGAUAGUGAAGCACUUAAAAGAAUGCCGGCAAGAACAACCGCAGAACAAAAAAAAAAAAAAAGUAUGUUCAUCGAGAGUUUAAAAAUACAACCGCUAAAAAAGGUCAGUCGAACUCGCCAUAAAAAUGCGAAGUUGGGAGCCACGCGCCGUAAAUUAUUUCCUUCGUGGUGUCGUACACGUUUGGAGUGCUCCAGGGCUUCUGUGGCCCGAGCCGGAAGGCUGCAGCCUAUUAGGCUUAAGGAACAAAUAUGUAACAUUAAAUGCAAUUCACACGGACGUUCAUCAUUCUUGCGCGACAAAUUUAUGCUGGGCAGAUAACGGCGCAAAUUAAUUCAAACCUGAGAGGGAAAAAAAGGAGACUCCUAGUCGUUAGAGCGCGCCUCAAACCAGAAAGAAAACAAAAUAUAGAAGAGAAAACAGCCGUCCUCUGCGAAGUCCAGCUGGCUCGAAAGGAAGAGAAACGAGAGAAGAACCAGACAACUUAGGAAACGAGCCACGUAAAACUCGUUGCUGCAUUCUUGACUCUUAAUUAUUUGCGGUGGCGGGGACAUGCGCCUGUGCCUCCGGCGUUUCCAGUGAAACACAUGCACACUGUACAGAUGGGACACGCGCGGCUGACUAAAAUGCGCCGGCAUCGGGCUCGGCGGUCGCGUCGGGCGACGGGCGGUGAAUUGUGCGUUCCCUAUUGUGUAUACCUCCCGACACCCAACGACCCUGCGUUAGCCUCGAACACACCAGGCUGUGUAUUGAAUGCUCCUCGAGAGCAUAUUAAGUGGUAUUUAAGUGUAAAACUAUGUACAUAUCAAACGCGUGUUGUUUACAAUAAUUAAAAAAAAUGUUUUAUUUCUGUAACUUAUUUACAUUUCAUUGUUUUAUGUGCGGAUGUGUGUGCGUGAGAGCGUGUAUGUGUCAUGAAGGACGAGGAGAACCAAGUGAAGGUCCAAUGGCUGUCCAUAGAAGAUUGUAAGAGUUGUGUCCGAUUGGGUGGACUCGACCUCGUACCGAAGGCCCACCGAAUUUGAACCAACCAUUUGAAACUGUACCGCGUUCAAGCUGUACAACGUGCAAUUGUCGGGAGCUCGCCUCACGAGCGAGCUGAGCUGUUGCUGCUCGCGCGAUUCGCGGGAGUUGCGAAUAAUGCGGAGCUGGCAAGCGUGAUAUUUUCGUUAUUAGAGACUAAUCAACGAAGACCCCCCCCCCCCCUUUUUUUUUUUGCGUGAUAGCUCUAACAUCAGAAAAUCGUGUGCAUUGUUCAUCGGAUGUUCUGCCUCUUUCGAUAUCAUCCCCCCCCCCCCUUCCCCCUUUUCUCAAACACAAAAAGGAAACUUGUCUUUACACAUUUGAUUUAGAGAGCCCGUUUUGUUUCCUUUUGGAAGUGAGCGAGAAUUGUGAUUGAUCGCUGACCUCCAAACCUAACUCGGCACCGCAGUAUGUCUCUAGCUUAUGAGCAGUCGCAUUUUCCUAACGUUUACCGACAAAAUUGAUCCAGUCCAGCAACUUUUUUAACGUAUAAAACAGCCAGGAUGCGUCACAAUCCCACUUUGCUUCGUGUAAUUUUUGAGCUCACGUAACAUGCUGCCCAUUCCUAUGUAUGCGCGGUCAUUCAGCGCCUGUCGUGCAGCUACGCUUCUACAGCCUGCGACACUAUCACGGCUAUUAAAGGUUUCCGGCGCGGCGCAAAUCAAAUGUACUAUUUGCAAAGAUUACAGUGGGAAUCGAUUACAUGUCUUAGGCGCAAAACAAAACUGUCCUUUAGCAAUUCAGAAUCAAACGCAGCGCAGGCGCCAAUCAACUGCACCCCCCCCCCCCUCUCCCUUUUCUUGGUGCUUGAAGAGAAAGUUCAUACACAUUAACAGAGAGAGAGAGAGAGGCUUGUUUCCUUAACUAACAGUCCUGACACUUGUUAACGGCAACAAAUCAUUAACAUAGACGUUUAUGAUUGGCAUGGUGAAGCAAUGCGAAUGAACGAUUAAAAAAAAAAAAGAGAAAAGAAUGUACUGUAGUAGCCUUCCUCGUUCACCAAUGCCGGGCACUAGUGCAACGUGUCAGUCGAGCGACUGGAUGUUCAGUUGACUUCGCUCAUUCAGCGCUUGACGUUCGCUCGCGCUUUGGAACAGGAGAGAAAUCACCGAAGAAGGGUCAGCCUCACUUUCGCCAGUCACAAGUGAUCGCGUUCUUUCUUACUCAAGAAAGAAAUCAAUGAAGAAAAAAAAAAAGUGUGGACGGUUUGGUUGUACCAUUUGCCAUUUAGACAUGCUUCGUGGCGUACUUGUGCUUCAAUGACGUUGUAAAUACAUACUGUCGCAAUUGUUACGCUACAUUUGCGUUCCGUUUGAAAGAUGGGAAUUUUAUGACGUACAAAAAAUCAAGAAUAAAAUACCAAGUGUGGGUGUCCUCCUUGUA